GCCCCUGAGAUCUAUCUCCUUCCUCUUACUUUCUCUGUUCACUCUUCUCCGACGGGUGAAAGAGCUUGUUUGGCUGGAUGCGUCUUGGGUUCCUUUAGGCGGAGGAGCUGCGGUGCUUCUUCCUCUUGUUCUUCUGGUCUCCGGCGGCGUGUCUCUGCGCCGAUCAGCCCUCUCUCGGAAGCGUCUCUGUGUUGCUUUUGUACCAAGCCGGGAAGAUCAACGGCGGGUUCUCCGUCGUUGGGGCGUGUGCGAGGAUAUUAGCUGUUGGUCUUGUCAACUGCGGCGAAGCUCUUCGGUGGCGACGCGUGCUGAGAUAGCAGGGUUCUUGGAUUGAUCUAGGGCUUCCUCGGGUCCACCUCGCCUUCGGGUGAAGGUUGUUGUUUCUGUCUUCUUGGUACAGGUACGAUGGCGUGUGGCGGCACAAGGAUGCUUCUUCUCCGAAUAAAGCUCGACCUUUUCAUUCUGGUGUCCUUGGUCACGAGAGUAGCGGUUUGUUCUUGAAGGCCGCGGAUUAGGUGGACGUAGCAAGCUGUUUUUAAAAAUCCAAUCUUAAAGAGUUGGUCACCGGGUAGGCCAAUUUUUACUGGGUCCAAGCUCUCGUAUUAACUGUGGGUUUGAUUCUGUGGCAAGCGAAUGUUCACUCUCUGAUGUUUCCUUCUUGUUUCUGCUGUUAAUCUUGUAGAUAGGUCUGGUAUUUUAGGUCUGAGUCUCUGUUAGCUUGUAUUACUUUGCUCUGCUUCUUGUGAUCUAUGUCUGUCUGUAAAAAACAGAAAAAUUUGGUAUAAUCUUAACAUGUUUACCAAAAAAAAAAAAAAAAAGUCAGAUUAAUACGUCAUUGCCACAUUUGGUUUCUACAACCGUUGACAAAUGUCGUUUUAGUUUUAUUUUAGCAUUUUUAAUGUAGAAUCAUACUUCCCUUAUUUAUUUCUUUUACCAAACAUUAGAAAAGUUAAGAUAAUAGUGGAAUUCCCUUCAAUAAUGACUUGCGUGUGACAAAAGAAUAGCCAACGUCGGAAGUUCACACAUAAUAUCCUUUUGAAUAGUAAUCCAAACAAUUCUCUCUCUCUCUCUCUCUCUCUCUCUCUCUCUCUCUCUCUCUCUCUCUCUCUCUCAUCAAAGGUCCGAAGGAAAAUCUGAAACUUGGGAUUUUUUCUACUAAACGAAUAUAUUCUAUUAUAUAUAGUUGAAUGAUUCUAGAGAGGAGAAACAAAAACACGGCAUGUCGGCAUGGGUUGGACUUAAAAAAUAUAAUAAAGUUCAUCAAGUAGACGUUAGUGUUUUCCUCCUUUUGUAAUUGGAAACCAUUUCUUUAAUGAAGAGAUUUGGCUUUCAAAACCCAACUCUAGUUUCGUUUCUUCUUGUUCUGCUUCUCUUCAUCUCCAACUGUCUCGCUUCGAGCCAAAACGACGACGUUAAUAAAGACUCCGGGUCUGAAUAUGACCGGGUUCCGGUUCAGGUUCCAGUCGGGUUGGUUUUGGAUUUGGGUUCCGUGGAGGGAAAGAUAGUGAGAAGCUCUCUUUCCAUGGCGCUUUCCGAUUUUUACACCGUUCACAAUAAUUACAAAAUAAGAGUCUCUCUCUCAGUCAGAAACUCUCACGGAGAGCCUCUCCUUGCUCUCGCUUCUGGUGUGGAUCUGCUGCAAGCUGUAGGAGUGGAGGUGAUCAUCGUCGGGAGUUCGUUUCUUGAAACGAAGCUUCUUGCGGAGCUUGGAGAGAAAGCUAGGGUUCCUGUGGUGUCGCUCAACUCUCCGAUCUCAUCGUCAUUGAGCAGAUACAGUCAUUUGAUCCAAGCCGCACAUGAUUCUUCCUCCGAGGCGAAGGGGAUAACAGCUUUCGUCCAUGAGUUUGGUUGGAACAGUGUUGUUCUUGUUUAUGAAGAUGACGAUGAUUGGAGAGAGAGUAUUCAACUCAUGGUGGACCAUUUCGGUGAGAACGAGGUUCGUGUACGGUCCAAGGUUGGUUUUACUUCAUCUUCAAGUGAUGAGUUGAUGAUGGAUCGGUUAAGGAAGGUGAAGGGUUUGGGGAUGACUGUGUUUGUGGUGCACUUGUCUGAGCUUGUUGCAACUCAUCUUUUUCAAGUUGCUGAGAAGUUAGGGAUGAUGGGUGAAGGGUUUGCUUGGAUCCUCACUGCCAAAAGCAUGAACAGUUUCCAUGAGAGCACUGGCGACACAAGAGAGGUGAUGGAAGGUGUGGUUGGUUUCAAGUCUUACAUUCCAAAGUCAAAGGAGCUUCAGAACUUCACUUUGAGAUGGAGAAAGUCACUAGCAAAUGAUGAAGCUGUUGGGUUGGAGAUAAAUAGGUUGAGUAUUGCUGGUGUUUGGGCUCAUGAUAUUGCUUGGGCUCUGGCGAGGGCAGUGGAAGUUACAAGGAUGGUGAAUGCAUCAUCAUCAACUCUCCUUGAGGCAAUCAAAGAGAAUAGGUUUAAGGGUUUGAGUGGUGACUUCCAAAUCAAGGAUAAGAAUUUCUUGUCAGACAAGUUUGAGAUUGUGAAUUUGAUAGGAUCAGGUGAGAGAGGAGUAGGGUUCUGGAACUCUAAUGGUAGUUUCAGCAACAGAAGACGUUUAUCCUCUUCUACUCGUAACAAGCUGGAGACUAUAAUCUGGCCAGGUGGGUCUGCUCAAAGUCCUAAUGGACGCAAUUCAGGAGAAAUCAAGAGGAAAAAACUGAGGGUUUUGGUUACAUCUAGCAACAGGUUCCCAAGACUGGUAAAGGUAACGACUGAUCCAGCAACAAAUAUAGUAAGUGCGGAAGGGUUUUGUAUAGAUGUCUUCAAAGCUUCCAUUAACCCUUUCAACUAUGAUGUGGAGUUCAUACUUUGGCGCAAUGGAAGUAACUACGACAAACUUGCACACGCACUUUAUAACCAGAAAGACAAGUAUGAUGCAGCGGUGGGAGAUAUUACAAUCACUUCCAAUAGAUUGAAGUAUGUUGAUUUUACAAUGGCAUUCACGGAACUGGGUCUAGGAAUUGUAGCACCAAAGGAGAGAAGUAUGUGGGUGUUCUUCCAACCUCUAACACGAGACCUUUGGGUGACAAGUGCAGCUUUCUUUGUCUUGACGGGAAUUAUAGUUUGGUUGAUAGAAAGACCUGAGAACAAGGAGUUCCAAGGAUCUUAGUCAGAACAGAUUGGUGUUAUCUUUUGGUUUGGCUUCUCUACCCUUGUUUAUGCUCACAGGGAGAAGCUAAAACACAACUUAUCAAGAUUUGUAGUUACAGUAUGGGUGUUUGCAGUGCUCAUAUUGACUACAAGCUACACCGCUACAUUGACAUCAAUGAUGACGGUGCAACAGAUCCGAUUCAACUCCAAUACAGACUUCGUUGGUCACCUUUCAGGCUCAAUCAUUGCAAAUGCCUCCCUCACUGGUCCUAGACUCCGAGCAACGAACACCAAGGGUCUCAACACUUCUCAAGAUUAUGCUGAAGCCUUGUUGAACAAAACUGUGGCAUUUAUUGUUGAUGAGUUGCCAUACCUCAAUGUCCUCCUUGGAGAAAAGCCUGCACAGUUUAUCAUGGUCAAGUCACAAUGUACCACCAAUGGUUUCGGCUUUAUGUUUCAGAAGGGUGAUGAGCUGGUGCACAAUGUGUCCACAGAGAUAGCGAAGCUAAGGACAGAAGGGAAGCUAGGCGAGAUAGAGAAAGGAUGGUUUGAGAAUCAACUUCCGUAUACAACAGACGAUAUAUCAAAUCCUAUAACUCUCUACAGAUUCCGCGGAUUGUUUAUGAUCACGGGACUUUCUUCAGCUUUUGCUCUUGCGAUACUUGUCAUUCUCUGGCUCAGAGAUAGAUGGAAGGAUCUUGUGAACUCGGUCAACGUGUUUAUCUCGCGACUACUUGUACAUUUCAGGAUCCUCUUGGCAAGAACUAUCCAUCCCAGUCCCCUUGAUGACCACAUUGGUGAGAGUGUGGUUCAAAUGGGUCAAGGUAACAGACAAUAGGAACUGAUUCUAACAUAGCAAAAGGUUCAUUACCAUAGAAUUUAUAAUAUAAGUGAAGUGUAUUCUCCUGAACUUGUGUUGUGUCCAAGUCUAUAGCUUACAGCCUUACACAACUGUUGUGAUAUUGUUCAGUCUCUGACUCUUGACCUAGAGCAUCACGGAGUAACCUUGCUUGAUUCUUGCUUAUGUUAAACGAUUUUUAGACAAUUUCUGCUUGUAAUUUGUAAAUUGUAGACUGAUGAACCGGUUGAUAGCAAUGUUUUGAAACCUGACCCGGACACUGAACCGGAUAAUUCACCGGACCACCAGGUAAUUGGGUCGAUCGCGGACAAACCGCAAAUUGAUAAAUUAGAUAAGUUUGUUAAUAAUAAUAUAUUAGCUAUUAAAAAAUAUAAGAAAUGUUUAUGUUUCAAAAACCAUCUGGAAAAAUACUUAACUUUAGUUUUCUUUAUUUUUAUUUUUAUUUCACAUACAAAAUAUAUAAAAAAAACAGAUUAUUUAACAAUUUUGUAACAAGUUAUGAGUUAUGACACAUAAUAAAAAUCAAAACUUAAAGUCUAUAAUUAUUUAAAUCUAUAGUGUGAAUAAUAAAAUUAAAUUUUAAAUCCAAAAUAAACCAAAAAUAAAAUAUAAAAUUAUAAUAAAUUAUCGAUAAUAAAAAAUAAACUAAUGUCAAAUCACAUCAAUUAGUUUUGCUAAUAUAUUCAUAAUCCACAU